AACAAUUUCACAUCAUCCACUACUACUGACAGUUGUUGUUGUCGCUGAUUUUCACACACAAACACAUCAGAAAAUGUUUAUCCGUCCUGGACCUCGUGAUCAACAACAGUACAUGUUCGUUGCAUCGAUCAGUGUUGUCAUCAUGUCAAUGCUUCUCAUUCUUGGUAGCACUAGUCAAAUAUUAGCCGCAUCUCUUGCACAAGAAUAUUGCAAUUAUGUGGUCAAUUCACCACUCAAUGAUAAAUUAAAUUCCAAGUCAAACAUGACAGAAUUGGGAUUAAAUGUUGCCACUUCUUAUAAUCCAGGUAUUAAUUAUGAAGAUUAUAGAAAUAUUUAUGCUUACAAGGCAGAAUAUCCAAGACUUUAUCCAUUAUUGAACUGUCAUUUGAAAGUUACACCAAAUAAUUCAAGACCUGGUUGGGUUCAUGAUUUUUCAACUGGUUUAAAUGUUGCUUUAAAGAAAUUAGUCAAGUAUGAAUUUGAAACUUUUAGAGGAACUGGUUUGGAUAACAUUCCUAAAAUUGGUGACUUGUUACAAAAUUCUGGAUUUUUAAGUACUUCAAAAUCAGCACAUGUUGCAUCUGGAUUUGCCAGUAAUAGAUACAUGUUUAGAUUUUCCAAAUCUGGAGGUAGAGACAUUACAGGAGUUGAAGGUUUACCAUUUCAAGGUGAAUUAGAAGUCAUUGUACCACCUGGCAAAUGUUUCAGAGUUAUUGCUAUGGGAAAUGGUUCUCAAUGGUGGAGAGAUAUGAGUCCUUCAUUUGUUUCAGAAUAUAACACAAAUAUUACAUUUAUUGAUUUGAUGAAAGUUAAAUGUCCAAAGGAUGGAAAGAAUUAUAAUGCCGACACUAAUAAUGAUGUUCUGUCAAUGCCAAAUGAUUGGGAAUUGGAAAAUUUCAAACAAGAAAUGAGAUUGAGAAGUAUUGGAGCUGUUAGAGAUGUACCAAUUGGAUGGAAAUGUAAUCCAAAUAGUUAUAAUACUUCAGAUGGUUGUGAUUGUGGAUGUGGUGUUUUCGAUCCAGAUUGUUUACAACAAGGUUCUUCUUUAUUCAAUUGUCCAUCUUCUGGUGCCUUCUUUUGUAAUUCCACAACUGCAUCAUGUCAAAGAGUAAUGAGCAAAUAUGGACCUGUUCCAACUGAGUGGAAAUGUCUUGCUUCCUAUUAUGGAGAUGGUGUCUGUAACUGUGAAUGUGGUUAUCCAGAUCCAGAUUGUACCAAACAAACCUAUGAUUCAUUUGCUUAUGGUUGUCUUGUCAAUCAAUUCUGUAAUGUCAAUGGUCAUUGUGAAAAUAAGAAAUAUGUUCCACCAGAUUGGACAUGUUCUCCUCAAUAUUAUAAUGCAUCUGAUGGUUGUGAUUGUGGAUGUGGUGUUAUUGAUCCAGAUUGUCUUGAUAUCACUCAAGAAGUUCUCAAUUGUCCAUGUGCAACCAUGAAUUGUACAUUAGGUCAUUGUACAGGUGAAUGUAAUGGAAUUAGUUUGAUGGCCAUUCCAUGGUUUUACAAUUCUUCAUCUGCUGAUAAUGGAAAGUCAACUGAUACGAUCGUUGUUUUUGAAGGAGUUGGAGUUUUUGCUGCCUCAGUGGUUGCUUCAUUCUUUGGUGGAUGUUUCAUUACUGCCUUCUUGAUGGUUGUCAUUUACUUUUUGGUUCAGAAUUGUAGAAAGAAGAAGAUUAACAAUGCUAAUGGACUUCAAGAUCAAUUCAUUCAAUUACAUAAUCAACAAUGAUUAAAAUCAUAUUGAAAUAGUUUAAAUU